AGGGAGAGGGAGAGGGAAGAAUGGCGUCGUCAUCGAAUUCACCAUGUGCGGCCUGCAAGUUUCUGCGGCGAAAGUGCCAACCAGAGUGCGUGUUUGCACCCUACUUCCCCCCAGAUCAGCCACAGAAAUUCGCGAAUGUGCACAAAGUAUUUGGAGCGAGCAAUGUCACCAAGCUCCUGAACGAGUUACACCCCCACCAGCGUGAAGACGCCGUCAAUUCUCUGGCCUACGAGGCCGACAUGCGCCUCCGUGACCCCGUGUACGGCUGCGUGGGAGUGAUCUCUCUCCUGCAGCACCAGCUCCGGCAGCUGCAAAUGGACCUCACCUGCGCAAAGUCGGAGCUGUCCAGGUACCAGACCUUGGGCAUCACCGGCCACAGCCUCAUCGCGGCUCACCACCAGGCCCAGAAUAUGGGCAUGAACCUGAUCGGCGACCACCAUCACUACCACCACCAGUUCUUCCCUCGAGACCAUCAUCAGUCCUCCAUGAUCAGGACAUUUGAUGCGGGUAACAACUAUGACGCUGGUCUCCUGUCCAUGAACGUCUCUGCAAGCAUAGGCCAGCUCAAUCAGUUUCCGCAUCAGCACCCUCGAGCUGCUGCCGGGGACGAUCGUCGAACUAUUGAUCCCUCUUAGGGUUUCUGGGUCCUUUCAAAUCCACU